CAAUUAUGCGCUAAUGACAAUAAUACAGCAGCUACUGUGCUGCUGUAAUAGAUACAUAAAUUCGGUUUUGCUUGUUUAUCUCAAGACUUGUGCACACUUCAAGCAAUCGAAAUUUCUCUGCACUUUUGCAAUUGAAACUCAUCAUUUGUGAAUACAAGAUGACCACUGGAGGACCGGAUAUGACGGGAAAUUUCUCAGAUGCCUACGAACCUUUCUAUGAGAGUCCCUACCAUCGAAUUUUCAUCGAGUUGUUGACCACUGUGGCUUUGGCGUCUUUCGCAGCCAACUCCUUCCUUAUUUUUGUUAUUUUCAAGUACAAGAAGUUGCGAAAGGAGACAACGAAUAAGAUUUUUCUUCAUUUGAAUAUCCUGCAAGCUCUGUUUGGGUUUGUGACCCAGUUGAAUUUACGACUGGGUUACGUAUUUUUUGAGUGGAGUUGUGAGUUCUGCGUGUUUUGUUCUCUUUACCAAAUUGAACUGAAUGCUGCGUUCACCAUAACAGGCAUUCUGUUUCUUUUAGUCUGUGAUAGUUUUCUCAACAUCUAUUGCAAAGAAAAGUAUCAAAAGUUUGGCCGUUUUUAUAAAUAUUUCCUAGUAGGUCUUUAUGUAUUAACUGUGUGCACUUCAUUGGCGACAAUACGAUAUUGUUUUUUGUUAAAUUAUGUGGUUUUCAAGCCUUAUUAUGUUAUGAUAAUUGCUGCCCUCAUUAUUGUUGUGUUUCUGAUUAUUAUUAAUAUCAUACAUGCAGUUAGGAAACGAACAUUGACAAAUUAUCAGUCGAGCAAUAUUGGAUUAGUUGUGCCUAACAUUUUUUUUUUGUUAUGGAGCCCUUUUAUCAUAUUUUUAUUGCUAAAUGCACUAGCUAAUUUAGGGGAUCCUACAACGGCUACUGUUUUAUCUACUUUAGGUUUUUCAGAUCCUGUGUUUAACUUAGUUUACGUUUACUUCUAUGACAAUAAUUUUAAUGGAUUUUUGAGACAAGUUUUCACGUGUAGGUGUAAAGAAUAUAAUAGUGAAAAUUUCGAAGACCAGUCUGUCGCAUACAACGAUGUGGAAGGGGUCCAAAUCACCCAAAAUGAAAAUUAAUUUUUGUACUAAUUACUAAUAAAACAAUUAAAUAAC